GGACUCAACGGAGGCAAAGACCGCGCGAGUGAGAGCGAGAAACAGACAGAGGGAUAAAGAGUGCAUACGAGAGGGAGAGGGAGAGAGAGUGAGAGAGAAAGAACUUUAUACCGUAGAGGAAAACAGAGUGCGAAAGAGUGAGGUGAGUGAGUGAAUAAGUGAGUGCGGAAGGAGAGUGGGAAGAAACGUCGGCUUGAACCAAGAGGGGCUGGUCGAGGAGAGUGAAGCGAGAGAAAAAUAAGCAGUUCCCUAGAGAGAGAGAGACAGAGAAGGAGAGUCAAAGAAUAGAACAGAGAUAGUGUGUCGGGGAGAGAGAGAGAGAGAGAGAGAGAGAGAGAAAAGAAAGAGUGAAGGAGCAGGACAGAGUGUAACGCUUGCGGUGGUCGUCGUCGUCGUCGUCGUCGUCGUGUGGUACGGUCGCGCGCUGUGUCUUCCAUCUCGGUAAAACAGUUCUGCUCCUGGCAAAGUCCAUAGCUCGCGUUGUUGGGUGUGACGGAAUUCGUCGGUGAAAAUCGCGAACGCCAACACGGCGUACGGAGUGUUGCGCAGUGGCUCUCGUGGUGCGGCACGUCGGGCGUAACGUAUCCAAGAGAAAGAGAAGGACGAGAUGGUGGUGCGGUGAUAGAGAAGGAGGCAGAAAAUUCUCACCAGUGGCGGGUGCGCGCGAUAAAACGAAUCGAAAAGCGAGGUGAGAGAGAGAACUAGUACGAGACAAACAGAGUGUGAGAGGAAGGGGGAGAGAGAGAGAGAGAGAGAGAGAGAGAGAGAGAGAGAGAGAGAGAGAGAGAGAUCCCACAAAAAACCGAUAUAUCCCCGGACUUGGAAGGAGUUCUUCCGAGUUGUACUUUUUUUCCCUUCUUCCCUCUUCUCUUCUUUCUUCGCUCCGCCAUUGUACGUACGCUAACGCGCUACAGCCAAAAGAAGUCGCUUACGAGUUGCUCCGAAUCAUCCUAAGUUCACGUUGUCGUUUGUCGCCGCCGACGCUGCUGCUGCUGCCGCCGCUGUUAUUCUUUAUCUUAGCUGUGGUUGCCGUGUCGAAUUCACCGUUCGUGUCGCGCGGUCAUCCGGACACGCUUACUUCGGCGGAAUCGUUAAGCCUAUCGCCAUCGUCAAAUUUCCUCGACCGCUUUUUUCUCUACGUUAUUCAUUCUGUGAUAAAGUAACGUGCGCGAUACGUAGACGCGGCGUCACGUCGUGCCCCUGCGGACUUUUACUCGUCAUUAUGCAAUAGACAUGCAGUCGAAGAGGAUCUUCUUGCUCUGGUGACGACGGCAUGUUUUUAUCUUUGUUCUCACAUCUCGAACCACCGGACUGACUGCGGAUGUGGAUUACUCGAAAGGACGCUGCUUUUAAUUUUGUGCGUGUACAUAGCAUCCUUGUGUAAUGAUUGUGCGCGUGGUUCGUAUCAGUGAUACUGAUACAAUUUUGUUUCUAACGCUGUAAGCAGUGCCAGCUCUACUGUUAUUACUAUUACUGGUGUUCUUACUCUUUGGGUACGUCGCCGUCGAGACACCGACGCUCGAUCACGUGGAAAUGUAUCGACUGUGCGUGCUCGUAAUACGCUAGAAAAUCUUGUGAGACGCGGCGGGAGUUUUUAUUUCGAUUGUUUCCAUUACAUGCGUGUGACCACGCGUUUAAAAGUGAAGUGCAAUUUAUCUCCAGAACUUCAUACGUCGAAUUCUUGUAUAGCGAUAUACAUUUUUUCCCUGUGCUUGCUUAUAUAGGCCCAUCCCCUAUAGAAUCCCAUCCCCCCACCGCUCCGAUCCGACCAAUAGGAAAUCCCCUCCUGCCUACCUUACUCUCUCCUUUCUCACUCUCUCUCAUCUGGCUCCUCAGUCUCUUCUGCCUUCUUCUGGCAUUCCCGAACAACGUCUUUCCAGGCUUACCUCAUACGCGUGUCCUUUCUACCCUUGCAACAUUACGACGCCCUUUCCUAAUUAAGCUACUGUUCACCUGGAUUUUAACGGUUGAAGACAAUUACCUCGUCCUCGUGUAUUCGGACACUAGAUUAUAUCCUGUCUGUGGGAAUGUUUGAAGCUUGACAGACUGGAUGAGAAGUAUAUGCUUCCCUAACCUAUACAAGAACAAGGAUUUGCCUAUUCGGUACUUAUUGACACUACAGAAGCUAGGACGGAGCACAGUAAGAAGAAGGACUACAGAGAGAACGAAAGAAGGAAGAACAAAACAGAGGAAUGGAUGAAUGGGAGUGAGCACGCCCCAGGAGAAGUGUGGCUGCAGCAGGUGCAGGUGCAGGUGGGUGCCUCUGGAUGUGGAGGCAGCAGCACUGGCAUCGUCAGUGGCAGUGAUGGCCCCUGCUCUGACGGAAGGCGGUCCACAAAAGCCUGAGAAUUUGCUCCCUCCCUUACCGGCCAGUGGAUUCCUCUCGGCCGAGCAGGCUGCGCAGGUCUGUCAAAAGCGUGAGGUCCUGGCCAAAUUUGUCGUAUCCGCCAACGUGCAGCCGUCGAAGAUAGACGAGCAGUGCUUGCGCGGCAUCUCAAAGGACCUCAUUCGUGAUGUCAUCAACUCAAAGUACGCGAACGGUCUCGAUAGUCUGUCGACAUUCGCGAACGGAUCUAACCUGAUCGCGAGGAAAGGAUCGGAGGAGCGCGAGAGCGAACGUAUGCUCGUGCCGGACAGCCCUGAUCGAAAGACCAGCGACAUUAUAAUGAACGACCCAUCUAUGGGUGAUCAACCAGACGACAUGGGCUUUUUGAAAUCGAACGUAGACGUACCUCUGACCACCUCCGGCAACACCAGCGCCGAGAAGAACCUGGACGUCGAUCAGAUAAUUGGCUUUGGUGCAGAGAUAUCCGCGGACGGAGAACAAUGCGGUGUGGGCGGUGUUCCUGACAUCGGACACAACGUUGAGGAGAUCCUCCAGGUGAUUAAAUCCAUGGAAGGCGCCGAGAACGCCGAGAACAUCUCAGCUGGGUCCAACGAACCAGCUAACAGCGCAGCGGAUACGGUGGAGAUGUUCUCUUUGCCAAUGGGAUUGACCUCCUUCGAGCGCGAUCUCCUCAACGAUGUGGACGUUAUGAGUCUCUGCAACGACAACAUGAAUAUCGCCGAAGCCGUCGAGCAACCGAAACCCGUCAACGUUCUGCGUGCCCAACAGGACACUGUUGCUCAGAAGGAGUUCGAGAGCGAGAGACGCUGCGCCUUUCUCUUGAGAAGACUAAGGAAGCUCCAGGCGAGGCUCGUGGGUCGUCAUGUUGCUGAGGAAAACACCGGUGUCCUUGAGCUUGCCCAUCAUGGCGUUAAGAAGUACUUCUUUCAAGAGCUCGCUAACAUCAGCUCCAAGUCGAACGUCAGGAAUUUUCCGGAGAUCAGUACCAGCCUUGACUCAUUUCUACAGAAAAUCGAGAAGUCCUGCAUCGCACAGAGCAACACCGUCAACAGACAACGUUCCUAUUGUCGAUACUUUGGCGCUGGUUCCAAGGACAACCUUAGUGCCAGUGCUGGAGGCAAUAGCAAUCGUCAUCCUGUCUUCGGCACGCCUCAGGUUAAGCUUAAAUCUGACGAAGUGGAGAACGUUGCUGGUCCUCUUGCUACUCAACUCCAUAUCGUCCAGACUAACCUGGACUCGGACUGCACAGCAUCCAGCAGUGGAGGCGAGAGCUGCGACGAGAUGCAGACUUUCAACAAUCCUCAUCAACAGCAGUUGCCCAUUUCCAAAAGGGCUGGCUGGCGAUAUGCCCAGGAUCGUGCCGGGGUAGCGUCCCGGUGGACUUGGCUGCAGGCACAAAUAUCCGACCUGGAGUACCGUAUACGGCAGCACAAUGAUCUCCAGCGUCAUGUUCGUGCCAGCAAAGGACUGGUGAUGCUCGAGAAUACGGAGACCAUAAAUGGGUACAGUGGAGUCUUGCCGGGUUCGACGGGUCGUUUCAAUUCGCCGGAGACGGAGUCCUCGGCGAGUAGAACAAGGCCCUUCGUUUGGAGCAUGUACAGGAAGCGGAAGUUGCUGCAGGUCGACAGGUUGCACGAGGUGUCCAAGCGAGCUGCUAAAGCUUCCACAGUGAGAUGUGAUUGUGAUCACGUUUUACCACCGUGUGCAUUGUGCACUGGUAGGCAAGAUCCUACCCAGAGCCAGGAACCUUUAGAGCAACUUUCCGUACAGGAACGCGUCGCCCUGGUCGAUCCUGGUUACCAUCCAGUCCUAUCGUUUCCCGAUGAAAUUUCACAUGGUACGCACCUGGAGGCGAUCAUGAAAUCGGUAGAGUGGCAGCAGAAGAUGCUACGAGGAAACUUGAGAAUGACACGGCUCAAAGAUAAGGACAGUGGCGAAAGAAGAAGCAAAAAGAUACCUGAACACCGGACCAAGUAUGCUGCGAGACUCAAAAAGUCUUCGUCGAGUAUCUUGACUGCACGAAUCAAGAGGAAGAUGCUUAAGGGAAAGAGAAAUCGGCACAGCCACGACAGAAAUAUUCACGGUAUGAGUAGGAAGAGGAUCGCGAAAUUGACGCCACCCGAAGAUGACGAGGAUGCGAGUGCCCUCUCAGGAUCCAGUAAGCACUCUUCUCCGGUGCCUUCCCCACUGCAACACACUCCGACACCUGUGGAGAAGAUUCCACUCAAAGAAAAGAGUACCAAUCCCCACGGGCGUUUGAGGCAGAAUUCGUACGACAUUGACAAUAUUGUUAUACCGUACAGCGUUGCUGCCUCUACGAGAUUGGAGAAGUUACAGUACAAGGAGAUUCUGACACCAAAGUGGAGGCUGUGCGAGGAACCAUCGAAAAUGGACGUGAAGAAUGGUGUCAUGCGUAGGCCUAGUCAAGAUACCGAUAUCGAGGACGUGUCGGAUGAGAUGAUAGCAUUGAGGCACGAAAGGAGUGAGAGGGAAGAAAAUAAACGCUUCAUGACCUACGUGAACAUGCCACCUCAGUCUCGUAUUCGUCACAAUAGGCGGGCUGACAGCCGAGCGGAUAGCGGCGCGAAUACGCCAGAUCCUAUGUCUCCUCAUGCGAGUGACUUCGGCGGUGACGUCGCGUCGCCUAUCACGUCGCCACCAGCCACGCCCUCGAUUCUCCAGGAUGCGGAACACCAUACGGAUCCCAACCGCCCUUCGGCUUUGCAAAAUGCUUUUCGACGACGCACCAUAUCCUCGUCGAGAAUGGCCAGAGACGAGAUGGGCACGUCUUUUACGGAAGACGAAAACGAGGUAACUAUUGUUUUACCAUACGAGCCAAGGAUAUUUCCACUGUCGGAGGAGAUCUACGACAAGAUGCUCGAAGUGAUGCCUGAUGGGCAUUGGCAACCAUCGGUUGCGCCGUUAUGCUCGAGAGAAGAAGACAAACGAGACGAGGAAGCCGCACUGGACUCGCCGGAAUCGGAUUCCACGGAGUCUGCGUGCUGCGACGUAGAAGGGGAGGAUCCGAAUGAUCCCGAGUGGACGGUUGCGGACGACCGGGAUACCGAAAAAGAGAGGAUACGCCCCACGGCGAAGAGAUAGGAAAUAAUAGGAAUUCAGGAGCCGAUGAUGACUACUAUCACCAACACAAACACACAGUACGUUUAAUAACGCCGUCGUUACUAUAUGCAGAAGCUACCUGUCAAUUGUUAUAUAUACCUGUGGGUAAUGUGACAUGCACCUUAAGUUAAUGGUAUUACGAAUCUGUAAAGUGUAUUAUAAAUAUAAAUUUUAUAACUUCA